AUGAAUAAUAAUAGCAUUUUAGAGGUGAAAGUAUUCCGGCCAACUGUAGCUGAAUUUGAUGACCCAUCAAGUUUCAUGAAAAAAAUCGAACGAGAUCCGGUAUGUCAAGCAACUGGCUUAGCAAAGAUAAUUCCACCAGUACUUCGAAAGCACACACCUAUCAUAAUUCCGGACGAUUUUAGAUUGAAUUCCUGUAUUUUACAAACUACUAAGAUUCUUAAUGAAACUGGUGUGACUCAUUUGUUAUUUCAAAAGAAACGUGCAAUGACAUUGGGUCAAUUCAAAGAUCUGGCGAAAAACUUUGAACAUUCUGAAAUGUCUCUUGCUCAACGAGAGACAAAUAUUUUGCAGAAUUUGUGUAAUAUAACGAAAAAGCGAACACCGGUACCAAUUUAUGCUAUUGAUAAUGUAAUAUCGCGCUUUCCGGAAAAUUAUCCUAAUUGGAAUUUGGAUAAGUUUCAAGGGGGAUCUAUACUAACUGAAACAGAAAUGCCCGGUAUAAAUAAGUCUUUUUCAAAUUAUGGUAUGUUUGGCACAUUUUUUGGAAUGCACGCUGAAGACAGCAAUAUGGCUUCUAUCAAUAUGCUCCACGAAGGCGCACCCAAAACAUGGUAUGGUAUUCCGGCCACAAUGAAAAUAAAACUCGAAGAGUUGUGGAAGACAGAGAUAUUCAAUGAAACCGGUUGUGAUCUUUUUAUUAAACACAAAGCAUUGAUGUAUCACCCAAAAGUAUUACGCGAUAAUGGCAUAGAUUUUUGUAAGGUUGAUCAAUUCGAAGGUGAAAUGAUUGUUACAUUAUAUGGGGUACUACAUCAAGGAUUUAAUCAUGGUUUCAACUGUUCUGAGGCUAUAAACUGGGCUUCACCGGAAUGGAAAAAAUACUAUGAUAAAACUACAUUGUGUUCAUGCCGGCCAUAUGGAAAAAAAUUGCACGCACUUCAUGAACUUCUUGGAAAAUUCCUCGAGAAUGUGAGUUUGGAACCAUCGAAUUUGGUCGAGACCGAAACUUCUCCAGCUAGCCAUAGCCAUUGUCCAGUUGUCGAUGAUAAGCCAUCAAGAAUUAAACCAAUUAUCAAAGAUUAA